AGAAUCUCUAUCCACCACAGCGAUGGAACCCACAGAGGAAGAUUCUUUCCCUCCGGCCUCUUUUAAACCUCUUUUAAACCAGAUUUCCGGGCUUUUGAGGUCGACCUCGUCGACGCUUGCAGUAGCAGAAACUACAUCAGGUGGUCUGGUGUCAGCUUCCCUACUUUCUGUGUCUGGAGCAAGCCAAUUUUUCGUGGGAGGAGCGACAGUGUACACCAGAAAGCCACGGAGGGCUUGGGCAGGCUGGACUGAUGAGAAUAUGGUGAACUACCGUGGACCCACACCGGAACUCGUUACAGAGCUCGCAGCGAACGUUAGGGAGCAGAUGGAUGUCACAUACUGCAUUGGGGAGUGGGGUGCCGCAGGCCCUACCGUCCUGGGACCGCCGAUUGUCAUGGUAGCAGGGCAAACAUAUAUCGCCGUGGUGUCUCGUGAAGGUUUUGCGACCCGUGUCGUCAACACGGGUGUCACAGAUAGAGAGAAGAACAUGGUAGCUUUUGCGAAAGCAGCCUUGGUGCUGCUCAUGGAUGUUCUCGCGGGAGACGUUAAACUAGAGCAGUGGCGUCAGUCUGAAGGUUCGGAGCUUGCCCAAUGUUGA